AUGCAAGCUCAUGAGCUCAGAGCCCAGUAUCUACCCAACCGCGGACAGCAUGAACAGAGGCCCCUCGUUGAUUCCGGCACUCGUUCCCAGGCUUCAGCUGCGAUCACGGUGAUAAACUGGAACUGCGGAGGGUUCUCGACCUUAAAGGACGAGUUCUACACGUGGUUGCGCGGUUGUGAUUGCGAUGUUGUCUGCCUCCAAGAGACAUGGAUGAAGGAGUGUUCGGAGUUCUUUGCGGGGGACUGGCUUUGCGUUCAGAGCGGCAUGAACGCUACGAGCUCGCGGGCGCAGGCUGGGGUUAUGAUCAUGCUGAGACGGUCGGUCUUUGAUAAUGGUUCGGUGCGCUACUCCCACGUGAUGGAAGGACGACUUCUCCACGUACGGGCGCAACAUAAGCAUGGAUGGGUGGACGUGGUAGGUGCCUAUCUGCAUGCAUGGGGUGGCUGGAGCAAUGAAGCGGACAUCUUAGCCAAACGAUCGAAGGUGUGGGCAGCGCUCCGCCAAACCUUGGGGCAGCUACCCCGAGGCAAUCAACUUGUGGUAUGUGGAGAUUUUAAUACCGUGGUGCAGCCUAAAGCCCCGUUCUUUGACAACCCGACCCCGUCGGCGGAUGCACAGGACUUCGAGGCCAUCCUCCACGACUUCGGCUUGCAGGCAGUGAACACCUUCGGUAAGCAGGGCAGCUACACACACAUACUUGAACAUCACUCGCAGAAAACCCGCUCCUUCCUGGACUACGUGCUGGUGCGACGCAAAGGUCCUACGCUCAGCUCAUCGGCGCGUAUGCUCGUGACCUUUCCGGUGGCUCGCUGGAGAGGUGGUGGCAGGCAUCUACCCGUGCUUGUAACAGUGCGUUUCCGCCGAUUCCAAUUCGCUCGGCCGCGACCCCAGCCCGCUUGGCCGCAGUGGAAGUGUAAGCUCCUAGCCGACAGGAUCGCAGCAGAUGGGCCAGAUGUUCAGGACUUCAAGGCACAAGUCUCCAGGGAGCUCCAAGCUAUGCAUGACUUCUGCCCUGAUCGUGUGAAUCAAGUUCUCAUGAAGGCGAGCAGGGAUCAUUUCCACAUUGUGAGACCGAGUGGGCUACACCCACCAUGGCAAGAUGCACAGCAUGAAGGGUCCAUCAGGGAAAUGUGGUUGCAGUACAGGUUGGCCCGACAACAAUUUCAGAAAUGUGCUUCAGGUCUUCGAGCUUGCUUUCGGGCUUGGCGGUGCAGAGCCCGGUUUCACCAGCUGCACCAAAUCGUACGUCGUAACAGCCGGCUCCCUCGCAGACAUCGCUUUGAUGAACUUCUACGGCAUGCGGAGGCACAGGAUCACCAUGGACGUAUCGAUCAUCUCUUCUUUCUGCUGCGCAGGCACGUGCCCAAGCAACCGAAGGCCAGAGCUCAGCUCCGUUCGAGUACGGGGGCGAUUCUUAUGCCUCAGGCCGAAGUCCAGGCACUCGCAUCGUACUGGAAAGAGGUCACAACGGCCGAAGACCCAGUGCAGGCACCGUCUGCCACGACGUUUGACCUCGAAAUGGAUGCUGUGCAACAGGCCCUUGCAAGCCUGCCAUCGAACAAAGCUGCACCGGCACAUUACGCACCUCAUGCACUUUGGAGCUGUGUCGCAGAGCCGGUGUCGCAGGUCCUGGAACGAGGACUUCUUCAGGAAUGGCGCUCUAGCGGCGCUCACAUACCCACUGCCUGGGCCGAUGCCUGGCUCACCUUUCUGCAGAAGGCCAACAAGGCGGGGAACAAACCGGAGCACCUCCGGCCGAUUGCUUUACUUGACCCGGUCGGUAAGGCGGUAUCGGGACUACUCCGAAAGCAGCUCGACACCUACAUCUUGCCCCACAUGGAAGCUCGUCAUCAAUAUGGCUUUCUACCUGGUAGAUCGGUGCAACAAGCUCUUGGACACGCCUUUAUCCACUGCAAGUCUGUGCGCUCGCUCAGCCAGGCACAGAACAGAUCCCUCUACGACAAGUUUGCCGGUCACCAGGCAAAGGGAUGUGCUGGCGGCAUGCUGCUGAGCAUCGACCUGACGCAGGCCUUCGACAGAGUGGGCCGGGACCUCCUGGAGCAGGCUCUGAUUCACAUUGGUGUCCCCCUCAGUCUUCGCUCCCUUUUGCUACGAUGUGUUCACUCCGUUCGCUAUGUAGUGCAGAAAGAAGGCCACGCGCAAACGUUCCCGACUUCCCGGGGGAUCCGUCAGGGGUGCAGGCUAUCACCUUCGUUAUGGAACUGUGUGGUUGUUUACCUCACUCAUCUUUUGGAGCAGCAGCUUGGGGUUGAUUGGUGCAGGCAGCGCUUGAUUGGAUAUGCCGAUGACAACUUGUUCAAGUGGACGUUCCACUCUCGAGAGGAUGUGGCGGCCGCGAUCUCAGAAGCCACGGCCAUCAUCAACCUGUUGGAACAACAAGGCCUCACGGUGAGUAAGGACAAAACAGCUAUUCUCCUCAAAUUGGCGGGCCCUCAAGCCGAGGCCUAUCGUCGGAAGAUCGUUGUAAAACAUGAGGGCAAGCACCAUCUUCGGCUGAACCAGGACCUCACUUUACCCGUCAAGGCCCAGCACACAUAUCUUGGAGCCAUCAUCUCCUUUGGUCGGUUCGAAGAACUUAAUGCCACGCACCGUUGCCAGGCAGGGAUUGCCACUUACAACCGGCUUCGCCAGCAUCUUCACUCUAAACGCACGUGGCCAUUGGCGAAACGGCUGAGACUCUGGAAGGCCUAUGUGCUACCCACGGUCUUCUACUCGCUCACUGCCUCGGGACUCACUGAGAAAGGUGCUUCAUGCAUUAGGGUUGCACUCCUCAGGCAACUUCGGGCCAUAGCUGGACGGCCACGGCAUUUGACACUGGAGUCUGACGCUCAAUUCCUGCUCAACCUGGGAAUGCCAACUCCUCUGCAGCUUCUCAUCGACAGGCAACGGAACACUUUGGACCGAACGGAGCAGCUUCGCGCCAAGCUUUCCCCCGGCGACUUCAGGCUCGAUGCCGCGCUGCUGGCCCAUGAAACUGAGGUGUUACACGGCUUACAGGAACUGGCGGCUGACUCCUCCAACACGGGGGCCACCGAUGAUUUGCCCUGUCCUGAUUGUGGCGAACGCUUCCCCACGGCAGCAUCACUCCGUCAACAUCGUGCCAAGGUCCAUCGCAGUGGCGAGAACAAGGCCAAGGGUGAGAGCUUCGAUCGGCUACUUCAUGGUAAGGACGGCCUCCCGCAGUGCAUCAAUUGCGGGCACAAGUUCGGCACAUGGGAGGAAUUACAGCGACAUGUGCAACUUGGACGAUGCCAAGCCCCCGAGCGAGCUGGCUAUGAUGACGUCCACCCCCCACUGCUUGCCAAGGUCCUUGCUGAUGAAAUUGUGUUUCCCGAGGUCAUGCUCAACCCCCCGAAUGACGACCUCAAAAAGGAGCUCCUCGAGCGGUGUGCGUUGUGCAGGCAAUGGUUGCCCAAUGAGAAUUAUAUGAAGGUCCACUACGGCCGCGUCCACAAGGACGAAUGGAAGGCGCACAGUUCUCGUUUGCGAGUGUGGUGCACCAACAACCUUGCCCCCAUCAAAGGGACAUGUCAGUGGUGCGGACACAAGGCCCAACAAGGCAGGGAUCAUCGUGCCACAUGCCCGGCCUUGUUUCAGUUGGCAAUGUCAUGGUUCGUUAAUGGAGGUCCCAAGGAUGCCGCUGACAUGACGGCGCCGAGCGAUGAGCCUUAUCCUUCAGCUGAGGAGGUAAAACCAAUGCUCGGUACAUGUCAGAUCUGUCGUGCAGACCUUUCCAAACAGCGUUACAAAACGCACAUGCAACGCCAGCACAGUGAGCUUUGGCGCAUGACCUACGAUGCGGAGAUUCAGGAUGUGUUCGCCAACUGCCUGCCGGCAUUGGCGAACCUCAAGGCGGGAUCUCUCGAGGAAGUGCCGGAGCGGGAGACAGAGGACCUCGACAUGCCCAACCGGGGCAAACGUUCGAGGCAAGAGCCGAUGGGAGACAAGACGCUCCCCAGAUCACAGUUGGGCAAGGGCAAAGGGGGCCAACGGGGCAGCGAUGCAAAGAACAGGGGAAGCUGGAACAAUUGGGAGCGCGACGACUGGGAUUACCACAGUUGGCGGCCGCAGCACCGUGCGGAUCUCGAGAGGCUGAUGGAAGCUUUGUGUCGGCUGACCCUGAAGCAAGAGGAAGAGUUGCAGCUUCUUCGAACGGAGAAGCAAUUCCUGCUGCAUCUGGAGUCUGGCCCUCAGGGAAUGCUCUCCCCCUUAUGGAAGGUGGCCCAAGUGUGGAAAGCAGGCAAAGACAAAACUCCACCAACCGUGACCAGCUCGUUACGUGUGGCCUUGAUCAAGUGCGUCCUCGCGGAGUGGAUGGCGAGGCUGGACAUCAUGACCAAGGAUGCGGAGACGGUCAAGAAGAUGGAGGCACAGGGAUGGGUGAAAGUGCAGGGCGUAGACGAGCUGCACUGGAACUUUCAGCAAUGGAACCAGCAAACCCGACAGCUGGAGCUGGAUCCGAGCAAACCACCCGUGGGCCACUCAACGAUAUUGCGGGCAGCGACCAACCUCCAGGCGUUGGUGAAUUCCGAGACCGAACGGCUCAUUCACCGAUUUCACUCCACCCGAAAGCUCACCGAAUCGGUCAUGGGCGACACGAUGCCUUUCAUCCUGUCGGUGGCGAUGAGAGGAACCAAGGCACAACAAGCCCACGACAUCCUGAGCGACCUGACGGGCAGUGCAGCUUUGAGAACCGUGGGAGUGCGCAUUCGGGGCGAGCGGGUGAACCUACAGCCAUUGGCACAGCAGAUUGCCAAAAUGGCGGCCGCGCUACGCCGCUGA